CUUCUAUAUACAAUAAUUGACAUGCAGUGGCAAGAUUAAUUAAUUGGUUAUUAAUUUGCUUAAUGGCCAUGCAAUUAGGAAUACCAACGUGAGAGCACUUUGAUUAAUUAAUAGAAGAUAAUCAAGAAUAUAAAACAAAUUCAAUCAACGGGAUCUCCUCAUCAACUUAAUAAUUGCUACUUCUUUACUACGUCCGGAGAUGAGACCUUCAAAACUACUAUAUUAUCUUCUCUCUGCAUAAUCAAAACGUACAAUCAUUGCUUUUUCCAUGCAGGGAUGAACGAAGCCACUAAUUUAUGCUUCCUGUAGUUUUGAGUUACGUUCGCCCAAGAUGGAGGAAUUUUAGGAAGGGGAUUAUAUAUAAGAAGAGACAGUUUCAAUCACCAGAACCUUAGCCUUUAAGAAAGUAAACAUCGCCCCUCUCGAAAUUCUAAAAAGCAAGAGUUUUGAGUUGUAUUAAUAUUUUUCUUAAAAAACCAAAAAUAAUCGACAGAGUAAGGACAAAACAACAAGGGCUCAAAGCACUCAUCUUAGUACAUGAAAUAAUAAAAUAAUAGUGUUACUGAGAUUAAAAAAUAAAAAAUAAAAAAUGAUACACCAUCUUGCAUGAUUCCCUGUAUAAAUAUAUGGUGAGCAUAAAGACCUACCCUUUUAUUUUUAGCUCAUUAUUCUCAUUCUCCUCUCCCUUCUCCCCCCUUUAGGCUUUAUCUCUUUCUAUCUCUUGAUCAUCACACUCACACACACACAGAGAAAACCCUCAUAGUUGAUGUGAUUCUCCACUAGCUCAAGAGAGAGAGCUCGGAACGCCCCCAAAAAAACACAUCAACCUUUACAAAAGGAAAGAAGAUAGAAUUUUAAAGAGAGAAAGUUAUCACAAGAAGGAGAACCAUGGUUUUUUCUUCCCUUCCAGCUUAUCUUGAUCCAGCCAACUGGCAACAGCAACCUAAUCAUGGAAAUAUCAAUGCAAGCCCUCAGCUUCAGCCGCCGUCGCAGCAGCAGCAGCAGCAGGGUUCAUCUGGGCCGCCGCCGCCACCGCCAAUCCACCCACACAUGGGCUCAAUCCGGCCCGGUUCGAUGGCGGAACGAGCCCGGUUAGCCAACAUACCGAUGCCGGAAACAUCCCUAAAAUGCCCUCGUUGCGAGUCAUCAAACACCAAGUUCUGCUACUUCAACAACUACAGCUUAACCCAACCAAGGCAUUUCUGCAAGACUUGCAGACGCUACUGGACACGUGGCGGAGCCCUAAGAAACGUUCCCGUCGGAGGUGGCUGCCGGAGAAACAAACGGACAAAAUCAUCAUCUAAUAAUACUACCACCGGUUCUAAAUCUCCGGCCAGCAGUAGUGACCGGCAAACCGCUUCCAGCUCAACAAGCAAUACCACUGUUUCCUCUCACAAUGGCGGUUCACCUCAUUUACCUAGUUUGUUGGGCCUGACCCCACCUCAAAUCCCGCCUUUGAGGUUCUUAUCUCCGUUGAGUGGGCUUAACGACCAUUACAGCGCUGGAGAUAUUGGUUUGAAUUACACCGGGCUUUCGACUCCGUCACCGGUUGGGACGACAGCGAGCGAGAUGAGCUUUCACUUGGGUUCUAAUUUUCUCGGCGGAGUUGGCGGCGGUGGUGGUGGAGGAGGAGUGGCGUCACUUUUAUCUGCGGCCGGAGUGGAGCAGUGGCGGUUACCGGCGCAGUUUCCGUUUCUGGGUGGAUUGGAUUCUGCGUCUAGUGGGCUUUUCCAGCAAGUUCAAACAAGUAUGGAGCUUCCAUCGGGGUUUGGUGGGGAAGCGGGCCAGCAAUUGGUUAGGCCCAAGCUUCCGGCUUCGAUACUAAGUCAACUGGCUUCAGUGAAGAUGGAAGAUCAUAAUAAUCAGGAGUUAAACUUGUCAAGACAACUUCUGGGGAUGAAUAAUAAUAAUAACAAUAUUAAUAUUCCAACUGGGAAUGAUCAUCAUCAAUGGAGUAGUGCUUCUGCUGCUGCUGCUGCUGCUGCUAAUUGGACGGAUCUUACUAGUUUCAGCUCUUCUAAUUCUACUACUGCUCCUUUAUAGGUUUUUUUUUUUUUUUAGUACCCAUGAAUUAGCUAGCUAGCUUUUGGUUCAUUUGUUUUGGAGGUUUUAAUUGUUUUCAGUUUAUGACUUAAUAGUUUGUGUUUGUUUAACACCCUAUAGCUUCACAAGGUGGAUGGAUAUCUUUAAGGGUUAUUUUAGUUAGCUUUUUUUUUUUUUUUUUAAUGGUAGAAAUGAAGGUCUAAUUAGGGAACUAAUUGAACUGGUGGAAGGUCGUCUGAGCUGUGGCUUGAGCAUUGAUAUGCAUGUCACGUGGUAUGUUAUUCCUCCCGGCAGUUCAUCUCUUUUAUAAUAUUUGAUUAUACAUAAUGAGUUUCCUUCUUCUUUUUCUUUAAGUACAAGUGAUUACGUUCAUUUUGCAACAAUGUGUUUAAGGUGAUCACGGAUAUUAUUUGCUAGCUGAAUGAUGGGGUAAUUAUAAGUUCAUAUCAUGUCCCAUGAUGAAUUUCGAAAGUUUUCAUUUUAUAGCUUUGCUUCUUUGGUUUAGAAGGAAGUAAUUUCAGCUGGCAUUUCUUCAAUCUUCUCCAAAUGUAGCGUUGCUGAGUUACCUAUUUUCCUUUAUAUUUUUUAAAACUCUUG